AUGCCCCUGCCCCCCAUGGGGUCUGCCAUGGCAGCACAGGGACACAGUCCUAUCACCUCCCACAACCCCUCCAGCCCCCACAGAGACCUCAUGUUUACUGGGGAAGAGACCGUGGACAGCCAUUACUGUAUGAGAAACCAUUCAUGUAAAAUAUCAAUUGGAAUUGUUCUCACAGUCAUCAUUAUAGUGACCAUCUGCGGUAAUGUGGUGGUGUGCCUGGCUGUUAGAUUUAACCGGCGGCUCCGCACCCUGACUAACUGUUUCAUUGUCUCUUUGGCUGUUACAGACCUGAUGCUGGGCCUGCUAGUGCAGCCCUUUGCAGCCCUAUAUGAGGUCUCCAAUCAUAGAUGGUACUUAUCAUCUAUCUGGUGCAAUAUUUACACUAGUCUAGAUGUCAUGCUGUGCACAGCCUCCAUCCUGAAUCUCUUCAUGAUCAGCCUUGAUCGCUACUAUGUUGUCACAGCACCACUUCGCUACACCACUUUGGUCACUCCUCGACGGGUGGUGAUGGUUAUGGUUUUUAUCUGGGUGGUGUCAAUCAUGGUCUCAUUUUUACCCAUUCACUUGGGCUGGAACACUAAUGGUACAAUAAUCCAUGACUCUGACCAGUGCAAUUUGGGUGUCAAUUGUAUUUAUGGACUGGUGGAUGCUUUGCUUACGUUCUAUAUCCCUUUAGUUAUCAUGUGCACCACAUACUAUCGGAUUUUCAAAAUAGCCAGGGAACAAGCUAAGAGGAUCAACAAUGUCCCUUGUAACAAAAAAGUCCAUCAUGCAUUGCCAACUGUGAAUGAGCACAAAGCCACUGUGACUCUUGCAAUUGUGAUGGGAGCUUUCAUUAUUUGUUGGUUUCCUUAUUUCACAGUGUUCAUAUUCCGAGGCAUCUACGGGGAUGAUGCAGUGAGUAAAGAACUGCUGUCUGUUGUCACAUGGCUUGGGUAUGCCAACUCAGCUUUGAACCCUAUCUUGUAUGGUACUCUGAACAGGGACUUCAGGACUGCUUAUCAGCAAUUAUUCAGGUGUCAGAGGGUGGGGCCAGAUGCAAGAAAGACUCCCUUAACACCUCUCCCCAGACACCAGAUGAGAGACAAGACCUGUGAAGAGACAUUGAGUAAUCAAGAAGAUAUACUUCUUCAGUUGCAUGAGAGAAAUGGAAAGGAGAACGCUCUCACCCAAGAUGGCUUGGAAAGGCACCCCAAUCCACCAUGUGAUGCAUCAUCUUCCACUAUCCUGUCAUCUUUUCGAAGUCUGUGGUUGGCCAAGUUCCUUCCCAAGAGGAAUGUGUGGAUCCCAGUGUUUGAUGGGCCAGUGACAAAUUCUCAGAAAACAGGGCACUCUUCUACACCCCACACAGUUAUCUACUGGGUCUUUUCCUGAGUCAGAACCUGCUUGUUUGUGAAGACAAAUAUAGAGCAUGAUGACCCAACAUGGCUUAAAAAUGGCUUGGAGAUUGUUGCAUUUGGUCCAUCAAUCCAGUUUGUUCAUGGUUAUGUGCUAGGGAGCUUUUAAGCAAGGAAAUGGAUUUCACCAUAGCACCCCUGGAUGUAAUAUAUAGUGUGCUCACACAUGUGCAGAUGCACACACACAAACAAACAAGAACAUGGAGAUUAGUGACUGCAUGUAGUAUAGUGGUGUGUAUGCAAUCAGGAGGCAAAACUUCAUUGACUUCCUUGUCAAUUGUUCAAGGUUCUCCUACUCCAGAUCCAACUAGAUGAAAGGCAGUGGCUUCUCUGGAGUCUGUGGGACACUCUGCCUUCCUUAUAAGAGCUCUAAGAUGAUUUUGGGCCUUCAUACUCCCACCUAGUGCAAUUUCAGAAUCUUUCCUUGUAUGUCUCAUUUUUCGUAGCAUAAUGUGCUUGUUCAUUUAUCCCGAGCCCUCACUUCCUACUCCUAGCCCUAAUGUACAGGCAUCAGAGAAGAUGAUAACACAUCAUUUGUCAUAUAUGAUUCAAAUGAGAGAGAGAGAGAGAGAUGUGGAAUACCAAAGCAAUAGAGAGAAAAUGAGGGUGGGUUUGGAGGGUUUGCUCUUUUUGCCUGCCCAUGAUGACCCAUUGGUUGUAUCUGUUGUCUUCUGCCCUGUUAGAGCACAAGCCAGGUAUCUCUAUAAUGUCCUUCCUGACAGUAUUCAGUCAUAUAUUUCAUUUUUAAUAAUGUGUGGUUAGAAAUCUUCUGCUAAAGCACAUUUCAUAAAAAUGGAGCAUUUUGAAAUUUUAAUACAUUUUAGCUUCCAAACAUAAAUAAUGUUUGGAUUCUAAUGAUCAAAACAUUGGUCAUUAGCAUAUUUCAGUUCAAAAACAUCACUGGGAAAAAUCAUAGCACUUCUUUGCAGAAAAAUGUUGCGUCUCAUUGACCCAUUUUUUGUUUUAUGCCGGUUUAACUUGCAGUUUACAGUUCAAUAAUAGACUUUGGCUGUGUUCAUAUUUGAAAGUCUUGUGGUUUGGUUUGGUUUUUGUA